AUGAGUUCCAAGCCAAAAUCCAUAGGGAUCAUCGGAGCUCCUUUCUCAAAGGGCCAGCCACGAGGAGGGGUGGAAGAAGGCCCUACAGUAUUGAGGAAGGCUGGUCUGCUUGAGAAACUUAAAGAACUAGAGUGUGAUGUGAAAGAUUAUGGGGCCCUGACCUUUGCUGAUGUCCCUAAUGACAGUCCCUUUCAAAUCGUGAAGAAUCCAAGGUCUGUGGGAAAAGCAACUGAACAGCUGGCUGAUGUGGUGGCAGAAAUCAAGAGGAACGGAAGGACCAGUCUUGUACUGGGCGGAGACCACAGUUUGGCAAUUGGCAGCAUCUCUGGCCAUGCCAGGGUCCACCCAGAUCUCUGUGUCAUUUGGGUGGAUGCUCACACCGACAUCAACACUCCACUGACAACCACAACAGGGAACUUACAUGGACAACCUGUAUCUUUCCUCCUGAAGGAACUAAAGGGAAAGAUUCCCGAUGUCCCAGGUUUCUCCUGGGUGACUCCCUGCCUAUCUGCCAAAGAUAUUGUGUAUAUCGGCCUGAGAGACGUGGACCCUGGGGAACACUACAUUUUGAAAAUUCUGGGAAUUAAAUACUUUUCAAUGACUGAAGUGGAUAAACUGGGAAUUGGCAAGGUGAUGGAAGAAGCAUUCAGCUAUCUACUAGGAAGAAAGAAAAGGCCAAUUCAUUUGAGCUUUGAUGUUGAUGGACUGGACCCAUCUUUCACACCAGCUACUGGCACACCAGUCCAGGGAGGUCUGUCUUACAGAGAAGGUCUCUACAUCACAGAAGAAAUUUACAAAACAGGUCUACUGUCAGGAUUAGAUAUAAUGGAAGUGAAUCCAUCUCUGGGGAAGACACCAGAAGAAGUAACUCGGACAGUGAACACAGCAGUAGCAAUAACCUUGGCUUGUUUUGGAGUUGCUCGGGAGGGUAACCAUAAGCCUAUUGAUUACCUUAACCCGCCUAAGUAA